AUCAGAAUAGCAGGGAUCCAUCCAUGCAAAGAUUCACAGCGCAAAGACACAAGAGACAGUUAGGGGGCCCCAUUACUACUGCUACUGCCACUGCCACUGCCACUGCCACUGCCAGCACCGUAUGGCGCCCUCUUCUAAACAAGGGUCCUGCUUAUACUUCUCUCCUUCUCCUCCUCCUCCUUAUUCUCCUCACCGCUCUAUUUGUCUCUUCCUUCUGGUCCACGGCUUCUACUGGUGAGCCUGCAACUGUUGUUGCGAACCAAAGCGUAAUAGUAGUGCAGAGCAAAAUGAGAGAGAAGAAAACCAAGAAACGGUGGUUGAGGCUCAAUUGUAGCAGCACCACUGAGAAUAACCAUACAUGCUGGAGGAGAAGAAGGGUAGAGGAGGAGGAGGAGGAGGUGGUGGAAGAGAACAGUACGGUGUGCCCGGAGUAUUUGAGGUGGAUCCACGAGGACCUUGGUCCAUGGAAGAAGAACAAGAUCAGGAAGGAGAUGGUGGAGGCGGCGAACGCAACAGCACACUUUCGAAUAGUGGGUUGAGAUACAAGAAAUCGAUUCAGACACGCGAUGUAUUCACCAUUUGGGGGAUCCUUCAGCUUCUGAGGAGGUACCCUUCCAUGGUGCCAGACCUCGACCUAAUGUUCGACUGCGAUGACAGGCCCGUCAUUAGAGCUCGAGAUUACCGCGGGCCCAAUUCCAUAGGCCCACCACCCUUGUUUCGCUACUGCGGCGAUCGCUGGACGCAUGACAUUGUCUUCCCUGAUUGGUCCUUCUGGGGUUGGGCCGAGAUUAAUAUAAGGCCUUGGGAACAUCUGUUGAAGGAGAUUAAAAUUGGCAAUGAAAUUAUUAAAUGGAUAGAUAGAGAACCAUAUGCAUAUUGGAAGGGAAACCCUUUUGUUGCUGAAAUCAGGCAAGAUCUCCUCAAAUGUAAUGUUUCAGACACGCAGGAUUGGAAUGCACGUUUAUUUGUUCAGGAUUGGAUUAAGGAGUCACAGCAAGGAUUCAAUCAGUCAAACUUGGCAAGUCAAUGCACACAUAGAUAUAAGAUCUACAUUGAAGGGUAUGCAUGGUCAGUGAGUGAGAAGAACAUCCUAGCAUGUGAUUCAGUUACACUCAUGGUGAAGCCUCGUUUCUAUGAUUUCUUCAUAAGAAGCCUGCAACCAACACAACAUUACUGGCCUAUUAGGGACGAUGACAAGUGCAAAUCCAUCAAGUUUGCUGUUCAUUGGGGAAAUAAUCAUAAACAAAAAGCACAGGAUAUUGGUAAAGCAGCGAGUAAGUUUAUUCAAGAAGAACUGAAGAUGGAGUACGUGUAUGACUACAUGUUCCAUCUUCUAAAUGAAUAUUCGAAGCUGCUAAACUAUGAGCCAGAAGUGCCUGAAGGAGCAGUGGAGGUGUGUGCUGAGGCCUUGGCAUGCACAAGAAGUGGGUUGGAGAAGAAGUUUAUGAUUGAAUCAAUGGUGAAUGAGCCUUCCACAAAAGCACCUUGUACCUUACCACCUCCAUUUGAGCCCACAUCGCUUAGAGUCUUUUAUGGUACCAAACUCAAUUUAAUCAAGCGUGUUGAGAGGUGGGAAGAUAACUACUGGAAUAAUAGCACUCAGACUCAACGACAAGGAAACACUAUAACAUCUCAAGUAAUUAAAUCUCAAUAAAUAAUUAAACAGGUAUAAAUCAUUAGCACAAGAUAAAUUAAAAAUAGCUACGAGCUAGUCAUCCUUUAUAUGUUACUUGAAAAGUGAAAUUCAAAUUACAAAAUUUGUAAUGUAUAUGCAGCAGAAAGAGAAAGAAAGAAAGAAAAUACAGAAUCUGUAAAGCCAUAAAUUCGCAAUUAUAGAAGACAAAUCAAUUUCGUUUUUCUUUUGAAAAAAAAAGGCUACUUUUGUACUUAUGCAGGCGAAUGUAUUCCCUGUUGAACUAAAUGUUUCAUUUAUAUAGAAGGGAAAUAAUUUUUAGGGUAAAGUA